CCUAACCAUCAACCCUUCUCCUCUUCCACGAAACUUCUCUGCAUACCCAUGGCCAUGGAGCAAGAAAUUAACUGCCUAAUAUUUGGUGAGCUCUUGUUUUUUUUUGUGGGUGUCAAGUUUCUCACGACUGAAAAUACUGCAGAUCUCGACCACACGUUGUAUCCCAAGUCGUCCGGCAUUUCCCCCUAGUGGGGAAAACUAUUGAAGCUUACAUGAAUCAGAAGUUAGGAAUGGAGAUGAACAAAGUGGCCAGUCUAUGCUCGCUCCUAUACAUAAACUAUGGAACAACUCUUGCUAGCCUCCUGGCUAUCGGAUACCAAAUAGACUAUGAUGACUUUCAUAGCUUUGUUCAUGCAAGAGGACUGCCAUACGACAAGAUCAAGCCCGACCCAGUUCUCAAGAACAUGCUGCAGAGCAUGCGCGUCCGCAAGCUGCUAUGUUGCCAUGCCCAACAAUUCUGAACAACAUACAUGCAUGCAUCUCAGAUAUUCACCAACAACAUGCAUGCAUGCUCUCUCUCAGAUAUUCACCAAUAGCGACAUGGACCAUACCAAGAUAUUCCUCGAGAGGCUGGGUCUCAAGGACUGCUUUACCAACGGUAUUAUCUGCUUCGAAACACUGAACAAGCCAUACCUGCGGCUACCGAGGGACAAUGCCGUGACACCUACCAUCUUCGACAUAGACGGUCACAAUGCCCGUUCAGGUGGCAAGCUGCCUAAGACCCCCGUGCUGUGCAAGCCAAACACCACAGCCAUGAAGGAUGCACUAAACAAGUUCAACGUCGACCCUUCCAAGGCGAUUUUCUUCGAUGACAGUGAGCGCAACAUCAAGGCUGGAAAAGAUAUCGGUAUGCGCAUAGUGCUGGUAAGUCUGCUUAAUUAUCUCUACUUCCUUUUUGGGCUCUUCUACAGGGUGCACAGGACUAACACUCCAUCUCUAUUCCGCAGAUUGGCAAGUCCAACCGUGUGGACGGUGCAGAUCAUGCUGUCCCAAGCAUCCAUAACAUCAAUGUGCUGCUGCCGGAGCUACUGUGAGAGGAGACCAACAAAACCUCUACUCUGAUAUAUAUACAGAGUAGUAGGGAGA